CGCGAGCAUCCGGGUAUUUCAACGCCCCGCCCACACACCCCGGCCCCGCCCACCACCGGAGGUAAAAGAUGGAGGAGCUGGCGGGCUACGGCGAUUCGGAUACGGAGAGAGAGGCGGGUGGAGAACCGCGCUCUGCCGCGCGGGACCUUCGCUCCCAGCAGGCCGGCCCCUCCGCUACUCAAGGCCGGGAUAGACACCACAGCGGUGGAGCACGCCCAGCGAGGAGUCGCAGUGGAGAGUGCAACAACAACAACAGCAGCAGCAGCAGCAGAAGCAACAACGUUGGCGGUGGCGGUGGUGAACGGAGGGAGACUUCCGUGACUUCCACACGCGGUGACAGCUGCUCACCACACGGGGACGUCCGGCUGCAGCCUCCUUGGGGAGAGGCGGCGGCCGCCGUUACCGGCGGGAGAUCCGGCGGCAGCGGCGGUGGCAACGGCGGCAAAGCCACGGCCGGCGGCGGCGGCGGCCACAAUCACCAGCGGCAUCAACGCGGUGAUGGAGAGCGGAGGAGGAGCCACAGGAAGGAGGAGGAGGAGGAGGAGGAGGGGGGGAGAGAGGCGUCCGUGAGGGUGACGUCACGUGGCAAACGCUCCCACUCGCGGGCACGCUCCACGUCACGCUCCAGGGAUAGGAGAAAGACCCACAAGAGGAAACGUUCACGUAGCAAAUCUCACAGAUCCAGGUCGAGGUCACGGGAACGUCACCACUCACGCAGCAGAGACCACCGCUCACCUAGCCGCAGGUCGAGGUCACGGGAACGUCGUCGCUCACGCAGCAGAGACCACCGCUCACCCAGCCGCAGGUCGAGGUCACGGGAACGUCGUCGCUCACGCAGCAGAGACCACCGCUCACCCAGCCGCAGGAAGCGAGGUUCCCGCAGCCACAGGGCACACAGUGCCCCCCGGAGCGAGUCGGAAAGUCCCAAGCAGCAGCAGCAGCAGCAGCAGCACGCUGUGCAGGCUCAGCAGGUGCUCGCCCGCAGGCUAGAGAAGUCUCGCCAGCUGCAGGAGCAGCGUGAGAAGGAGCUGCAGGAGCAACGGGAGAAGCAGCAGAUGGCUGCCGUGGCUGCAGCCGCAGCAGCGGCGGCGGCAGCCAUCGCAUCCAUCGAGGCUGCCGAAUCGUCGGCGUCGGCGUCGGCCUCCGUCUCGGCGUCCGCCGGUGCAGCCGCAGCUCCGCUGUUGCCCUGCUCGGCCGUGGCUGCGUCUGCUCCGGGGGCCGGGGCCGGGCAGCCGCUCCCCCCCGGUGCCGCCAUCGUCUCGGGGUUCUCCCAGCAUGCACUGGGGGGAGGGGGCGCCGCGCUGCUGUCGGCCAUCUUGGCGGCAAGGGGCACGGCCAAUCAGCACAACGCUGCACUCCUCUCAGCCUUCCUGAACCAAGACCCCAACAGACAGGAGGGUCAUCAACACCCCGCCCUGGCUUCCAACCGUAACCUGAGCCCUCACCUGUCGGCCCUCCUGGCCGCGGGCUCACAGGUGUCUCCACAGGUCGCCUUUGCCGCCCAGAUGGCCGCGUUACAAGCCGCCACCUCCUCCUCCUCCUCUUCCACCUCCUCCUCCACCACCUCGUCGGGGCUCCUGCGUGGCGGCCGUGGCGUAGCGAUGGGUGGGACAGCGGUGGGGGGGGCGGCGGCGGGCGCCGGGGGCAAGCGCAAGCUGUUGUGGCAGGGCCGUCCCGGCGAGCGGUCCGCCACCAAGGAGCUGUGGGAGAACCUCAACUUCGGUAGCAAAGACCAGAACACCAAAUUCCGCAAACUCAUGGGCAUCCACGGCAAGCAGGAUGAUGAGGAGGGGGGCGAGGCGACGGUGAUGGACGUGGCCGCGCACAGCGAGAGCACAAAGGCCCUGCAGAAGCAGGAGGAGGUGUUCCGUGACCUGGACGCGCAGUACAGCCUGGCACGGGCACACACUCACACACAGCGUGGCACGGGACUUGGAUUUCACUCACGCUCCUUCGAAUACUGAGAGCUCCAACGCUUGGAACGGACUCCACCACCUCCCUCGUCACAAAUCAGCCCUGUGUCUCUCUGUCUCACUCUGUCUCACUCUCUCUGUCUCACUCUGUCUCACUCUGUGUCUCUCU